AUGCUAUCACCCGGCGACGCGUACCGUCACUAGCGAUCGAGGUGCGACAGUGUACGGUUCAGCAGUUGCAGGAAGCUCUGGUUCAAGUUCGCUUUCGGCUUGCCAUUGUAGCUCGGUCCAAGCGUUUCUUCGACAGUUUUUGUGUGUGAAGUGUCUCUAUUACAAGCAGGAACUAAGCUCUAAAAUUAAGAGACCAUAGGGAAGUGAGCAAGAGCAAGGAAAGAUGAGCAAGUUUAGUUACCUUCAAAAUGGCAACGGAGUACCGAACGGUGUUUCGAACGGUUCUGGUGCUUCGCUUGCGACGAACGGUCAUCACCACGUUCAAAAUGGACAUGCGAACGUGAACCGGAAUGGGUUCGACGGGUGCCCGGCUGCUGAAACCUACCAGCAAAAGGCGGCUACGAGCGGUCCCUUCCAUAUGCCACGCACCGAACACGUUGGGUAUACGUACGACACGCUGCAGGAAAUCGCCACUUAUCUCCUAGAGCGUACUGGACUCCGCCCGAAGGUUGGAAUCAUUUGCGGGUCCGGACUGGGCACGCUGGCCGAUCAGCUGACCGACGUGGACAGCUUCGACUACGAGACGAUCCCCCACUUCCCCGUCUCGACUGUGGCCGGCCAUGUGGGGCGGCUUGUGUUCGGCUAUCUGGCCGGCGUGCCGGUUAUGUGUAUGCAGGGCCGGUUCCAUCACUACGAAGGCUAUCCGCUCGCUAAGUGUUCCAUGCCGGUGCGUGUAAUGCAUCUGAUCGGCUGUACGCACCUGAUCGCGACCAAUGCAGCGGGUGGAGCUAACCCCAAGUACCGCGUCGGAGACAUCAUGCUCAUCAAGGAUCACAUCAAUCUGAUGGGCUUUGCCGGUAACAAUCCGCUGCAGGGACCGAACGAUGAGCGGUUCGGACCACGGUUCUUCGGUAUGGCCAACACGUACGAUCCGAAGCUGAUCCAGACGGCGAAAACGAUCGCACGGCAGAUCGGAAUCGAGAACGAGCUUCGCGAGGGCGUGUACACGUGUCUCGGUGGACCUAACUUCGAGACGGUGGCCGAGGUGAAGAUGCUGGCCAUGCUCGGUGUCGAUGCGAUCGGCAUGUCAACCGUGCACGAGAUCAUCACGGCCCGGCACUGCGGCAUGACGUGCCUUGCCUUCAGCCUCAUCACCAACAUGUGCACGAUGAGCUACGAGGAGGAGGAGGAACACUGUCACGAAAGUAUUGUCGGUGUCGGCAAGAACCGGGAGAAGACGCUGGGCGAGUUUGUGAGCCGCAUCGUGAAGCACAUUCACUACGAGGCGAAGAAGUAAAGGGAGCAAAUGUAGAUGUGGACCGGGGGAAAAAAACAGACAGACAGUGAGCGUGCGGUAGCUGUAAGCGUCACCUUAACUUAGAUAACACAAUUAUACAGAUAGCUUUAGGUAAAGGUUAAUCGUAAUAUAGCUAGGUAUAAUGCAUCCCCAGAAAUCCACACGAGUGCUAUAGACUGUAAAGAAAAUUAAAAAAAAAACUAGAAUAUUGUAAAUUUCUACUAAAAGCAAGUUAUGAGGUUAGAAGAGAAAAAAAAAACAAUUUAAAAGAAUGCUUAAAAUAAACAAUUUUUUGUAAAAAAAA